AUGACGAAGAAACGUCAUUCUGAGCCUCAAAAAACAACAACUACAAGAAAGCAGUCGCAAGAGGAUCCUGUAGGUGGAUUGAAGGUACGAAGUGUCUGUGAGCUAUUUGUUGUUUUUUCUGUUCGCUAUUAAGUUGCUUCCCUUUGUAGCGAGUUUCACCUGCAUUACAUCUUUUUUUUUCCUUUUUUUCCGAAGUUCACAGAUGCUUCAUUGCAACUUGAUUAAUUGAAGAGGAAAAAAAAACGUUUCUCUGUUUCAGCUGACACUCGAGAAGCUCUCAGAUGAGGUCAAGAACCUAGGAUUAGUUCUUGGAAUUUCCACGGAAACUCAAAAACCUGAUCAGUCGAACGCGAAAAGCAAAGAAGAAAGUACUUCGGGCAAAAACGAUUUUGCAGUAAUUUCCAUGUUGUAAUUUUUAUUAUAAUACUUUCCAUUCAGCGGCCUGAAAUGAGUCAGGAAGACAAGCAAGAGCAAAGAAAAGCGAAGGCUGCUGAGAAAAAAGCUCGAGGUUCGGAGAUUUGACUUUUUAAAGUUGAAGUUGCUCUUUUAGCCGAAGCAGCAGCUGCCAAAAAAGCUCAAAAUGCCCCUCAAGUCGCCGCGCCGAAAAAUAAGAAGGAAAACCCAGAGGCGGCGAAAUCUGACAAUCAAAAGGAUGAAACGCCGCCGAAAGAAGUGAUAAAAACUGAAAAAGCGGAAAAUCCGCCGACCGAAAACAUGGAAGAAGAACCUAAAGAGAAGGUUAGUUAUAAUGUAUGAGCAACUAAGAAUUUGUUUUUAGGCGGUUCGUUCUGUUUUGAAACACGGCGGCUCAGGCCAAAAUAAUGGAAAAGGCGUCCAUUUUGGUGAGUUUUCGAGGAAAAGAACAAGAAUUAUUGAUCUGAGUUCAGAUUUGAACGUCUUGACAAAAACCGAAUCGGAGGAGUCAUUGGCGACGACGCUCCCCGAACCUCCAGGUAGGUAACUUCUGGUUUAAAAAAACUUUUUUUGGUAUUAGUAUGAAUUGAAAAAAAGUCGAUAUUUUUUUCAAUGAAUAAUUGAGUUUUUUUACAAAAAGUAAAAUGAACUGAAAAAGAAAAAUUUUUCAAAAAAAAACUCAGAUGACGGUAAGAAGUCCCUAAACUCAAAAAGUUUUUGAAAAAAAGUUUUUUUAAUUUUCGUAGAAAUUGAAGAAGGUUUAGAUUUCAAAAAGAACUUUUUAAACUUUGGUUAUAUUUAUAAACAGAAAAAAAUUCAAAUCACGUUUUUUUCGGGAAAAAAAUCUAGACCUCAUGAAAUAAUUAUAAGGCAAACUCAACUUCUUUGAGCAUUUUCUAUGCCUCCCACUCUGCAAACUUCGUCGUUUUUGAGGAUUUUGAAGAAAUAUCUGAUCAGAAAUCUUUGAUAGGAUAUUUAAAAAAACGCAGAAGAUUUCCGGGACCAAUUUAACAUUUCAAAAGCUUUUUUUAUGAAGAUGUUUUUUCAAGAUAGAAAAAAUAGAUGAAGAGUCAAGGAAGGAAUUUUCAGUUUUGCCGAUGGAAGAUGCUUCUUCUAUCGCACAUAUACAUCCUGCUUUCCUGACGAUAAGUGCACGAUGUGAACGGGAACUGGUAGAUGAUCUUGAACAGCUUUGCAAGGAGUUCAUCGGGGCCUUCAGAGAGGUUUUUCAGUUUGUUUUACUUGGGACUCUCUGUGUAUCUGAAUGUCAUCACAAAAAUGAUGAUUGAAUGAUUUUUUUGCUUUAAUCAAAACGAACUUUUUGCUGCAGUAAAUAAAACGUAAAAAUAGUUAGAUUGAAAGAAUUCCAAGUGCCUCAAAAGUUUUGCGGAUUUGAACCUUAACCUAGAAGUGCAGGCUGAGUUUUUUUUUUUCGGUAUUAAAUUAAAAUUUAGAAUUUUUUUCUUUGAGGUUGAGUAUUAUGAAAAUUUUUGAGAAAAAAAAAUUUUUUUCAUUCAAAUAAUAUUUCGGUUACCGUAUCUAAAUCUUGGCAAGUACUGUAGUUUUCCAGUACCUGCAAGAAUGGGCGGCGGCUCGUCUGCGGGAAGGAUCCGAUCCGAAAACUGUCGGCCACGACCUCGACCUUGCGAUUCGUCCUCAACUCGCCCAUUUAACUCAAUUUGGUAAGAGUAUUUUCUUGCAAGAAAAAGAAAAAAGCCUUUUCAGAUUAAGGGAAUUUCGAAAUCAUCCUUCCAUCUCAAAUAUUUCUAUAGUUCAUCUUAAAAAGAAAUUUCCAGGCCGUUGGCCCCUCCCGUACGCUCUUGGCAACAUCGUGAGGCAAUUGAAGAAGGAAAUUUUGAAAAUGGACGGCUCCAGAACUUCUUUCUUCAAUGGGGAAAAGGUUUGAAAAGAACUCGAAAUUGAGGAAAUUGAUGAAAUUGAAUUAUGAUGUCAAUUUUAUGGAAAAAAUGAAGAAUGUUUUCAGGAUCCCACAAUGGCGCAGAUUCAAGUCCUAGACGAGUGGCUGGAAGACACUUCUAGGGUGAGUUUCGAGAAGAAAAAUAAUCCAUCAGGGGCCUUUUUUGUUUUUUACAAUUUGGUAUGAGAAUUUAUGUUGGUUUUUUUCACAAACUUUUUUCUCUAACGUCUGUAAUUCCGUGCUAAAAAUGAUUCCACAAAAUAGCCGUCAGACGGUGAAAAAGAUAACUGAAUUUUGUAGAGUCAGAGAUUAUUUUGAAUUUCACGAAAUUUCCCCUUUGGAAACGCCGAGAACAAACCUCUGAGAUUUUUUUUUUCAAGUUCUAAAUUCUAACAUCUUUUUAAAAAGUUUCUUUCAGACCAAUUUCAAUUUGGCCUACGACGCGAUCGCUCUCCACUUGAAUCCGAAAAUAAAGAACGUCCACAGCGUGAUGACCUAUGAUUGGUUGGUUCCCAAUUUUUUCUUUCUUUAUCAGAAAAUAAUUUGUAAUCAAAGUCAAGUAUUACAUUUUUUAGAAAGGUUAAACUCUAAAAUUUUGUGUUACUUUCCAGGUGUCCGGUAGUGAAUCACGUUCUUUUGGCCUCUCUGAAUUCUUAUCCGAAGCUCGGCGUUUGUAUCGUCGAUUCUGAGCUCAACGGAAGAGGUUUUCUUUUUUUUAUACCUUUGUGAAAAAUUCCAAAAUUUAUCUAAAUUUUGAUUUGAAGAUAAUAUUUCAUAGGAAAAUUCACUUUCUUGGGAACGCCAAACCGGUCUUUAGAUGGGCAACCUUAGGGGCACUUAGAGGGUUAUCUCUAGGGAUCACCUUACCUUCCCCUAAGGGAGCAUUAAAUUUUGCAAAAGUGGCCACUAUAGGGGAGCAUACAAGUCGUUUUUUCAUGAACUCUAUAAAAAGAAGCGUUUCAAUGAGAAAAAAAAUAAUAAAUUAGCGUUUUUUAAAUGAAAAUAUCAACAGAGCGUCAAUUAAUCAAGUUUUAUUUAAUACAUAUUUUUAAUUUUCGAAAAAUGGGGCUACCUAAGCUUUUAGGGACCGCCUUACCCCUCUAGGGAGCACUAUUUUGUCACUCAAUAAGGAGAUUUUUCUAUUUCUUAAUCCUUUAAGUGAUCUCUUCGGAUUUCCUAGGUUGUUUUGACAAGAUCUUCCGAACAUUUUCAGUUCAAAAGUUAGUUUUUAGGCAUUCGACACGUUAACUCAUUGAUUGAAAAUGGCUAUAGGUGUCAGUACACCGACCUCAAAUCGGUCGGAUACGCAAUUUCAAAGGUUUCUCCUCAAUCAUCUGGGUUUUAUGGAAGAAAGUUCAGAGUUCGAUGGUAGUUCUCGGUUGUUCAGCUGUCCUGUCCAAUGGAUGUGUGGCGGCGACAAAAGGAGCCUUACAAGUAAUUUCCGAAUUUGAGGAACUUUGGAAAAUAAAAUUGGUAUAGAUUGCCUUGGCGGCAAAAGCAUUCAACGUCCCUCUUCUCGUGGCUUCGCAAACCUUCAAAUUCGUUGAUAAGGUGAUUUUCGAGGGAUCUUUCUAUCAAAAAUACUUUAUUUUUGAGUGCAGAAAAAAAGAAUGCUGCGCUUUAUUAAUUUGUGACUUUUUUUUAAAGUUUUAUCAUAACUUCAGUGAUUAGAAGUUUUAAAUAACCAGAUUCAUGAUUCAAAACCAAAGUGCAAAAAGAGGCAAAAUUUCGACCUUUUCUCAAGCUGCAACGCAGUCCCAGGACCGUUAAGGUGCAGCUCUGCAAAAAAAACUCCUUCAUAUCGUCUUUUCUAAUAUUUCUUCUAGGUUCAAUCCUACGCGAGAACGGCCCUUCUGAGCCGCGACGCCGUCGAAUUGAUCCCAUCGAUGUUGGUGACGGCCAUCGUCACAGACAUCCGAAUUUUGCCGCCGUCCGCAGCUCCAGCCGUUUUGAAAGCGAAAGCUCUCGAUUUAGAAUAA